AUGAUCCGUAUUACUCGAAUUACAUGUGUCAGCAGCAACAAGAUAAUCGACACCUGCUUCACCAACAGCGUCAUUUGACGACAAGGCAAUUUUCAACGUAUCCGGCGAACCCAUCCGGAUUAUCGAGCGCGUACUGCGAUCAGUACAGUUGGGCGAGAUCCAUCUGUAAAUAUUUAUUACUGAAGCAAUUAAGACUUCAACGGCAGACUUCGCCUCUGUAUGCCCGAAAUCAAAGCGGAUGGAUUCAUCGCUAUGUCGGACACAUGUAUCCUUAUACCUCUAUGCUAAACGGAAGCGAUCAAACGAAGUAUUGCAUACGUCGUAAAAAUUUGGAGGACAUAGUUGGAAAAUUGAAAGAGACUGAACGCAAUAAUAUCAACAAUUGAGCGCUCUUCUACAUUAAUUCGAUGAGAAGUUCAUUAAAGUUGCACGCAAAUAAUGAUAUUCCUUUUAAUCUUUGUGUGAUAUCUUCGAAUAUCAAUUUGAAGAAUUAAUAUAACAGUAAUGAUAAAAAUAUUGAAAAUUUUCGUAAUUGCAGAUUGAUAUUAUGUAUAUAAGCUCGAUAUGAAUCUUAUUCUAAAUGUUCAUCCUUUGCAUUAGUUUUGCCUUCGCGUUAAAAAUAAUUAUUAUUAAUUAUGGAAAGAUUAUCAUAUGAUUUAUAUAAACUGUUAGACACUCCAAUUCUUCAUAAGGCGUGACUCUUGUGAAGUUGAACAGAUCGCGUAAAAAUUUUGAUAAUUUUGUUUGUAUUUCGGACGAUUGUGUGACAAUGUGAUUUUUCAAUGGCAAUAUACGCAGAAUAUAAUGUUAUACUUAGCCGUUGCCAAUCGAGCCAUAUUUAACGCAUUUACUAUCAAAUGUACAUUGUUCUGUUCAAGUAACAUUACACACACAAGGUUCACUCUGACUAGCUUUGAUAUAUUGUUAAGUAACAUACACAAUCACACACACACAACUCCGCACCACUGAUAGUGUAUAAAUACUCAUUUACUCGUAGAUGUACAAAAUGACAUUUAAAAGAAUACGUGAUAAUGCUAUGUAACUUAGGUGUUACGUGACUCAUGAAUCAUUUAUUGUCCAGAUCAUUCGCUAUCAACUCGACAAAUCGCCAAGAUACAGUGUCGCAUAUCUGCGUUAUAACUUGGUAAUCUAUCUAGCCAUCUUAUUCAUAUCCAUUUUCAGACUUCUGCAAAGACAUUCGACUCACGAUUCUCCUAACAAUCCUAUAAUAUGUCGCUACAGUUUGAUGUUCACUAUAAUUAUUGGCAGCAUCACAUUAUUCAUUCACAUGUAACUAAAUAUAUAAAUACAAUGACAUUAUAUAUUAUCAAUACUCGAAUACUACAUCUACAUAAAUAUUAAAACACAUUAGAAAUAUCCAAAUGAGACGAACACUUUGUAUUUGGAACAUGUAACGCGUUACAUGUGUAUGUCUAUUAUUUAACGAAUGAGGAAUUAGGCCAGUUGAAUUAUUUUGCUAGGAGAAUUAAAAUAAAUUGACAGGAAUUUAUUCUGCGAAAUUACAUUUCUAAUUUUCGACAUCAUACAUUUCUCAAUUAAGAUGUUCGUUAAAAUAGCCAUUUAAACCCACAUAAUAAUCUUCCCUAUCAAUUCCUUUUAACUCGCCUGAUUUUCCAAGGAUCUCAGGUCAUAUACAGAUUUGGAUUGUCAUGCUAUCACUACAGGUCAUUGUCAAUCGAGCUUAAUAUAAAGAAAUCUGCGUCUAUUAAUCGUAAUCGAAAUUUAUUGCCUGAAUGAUAAUUUAUUCAUACAAAUUCUAAGGAAACAGUGCUUUUCAUGUAUCACAAACAUACUGCUAUUUAUUAUAUUAACUUCGUUGAAGCAAAUAAUUGUUGCGAAUAUCGAAGUUGAAUUGCAGUUUAAUCUUUAUGUAGUAUAUUUAAUAAUGACUUUAAUCCAUUAGCUGCUCCUUACUAAUUUGAUAGUAUUAUUUGACAAAUAACAUUUUUUUCUUUUUGAAAAAUUUAACAAUUAGCAUUUAAAAAUCUGUUAUUACAACAAUGAGAAAAAAAUGACAUGAAGCUAAGUGCGCGAGUUCGAAUUACAAAUCAUAAAAUUACAAGCCUCGGAUGUAAAGUCAUUAAUAGAACUUAAUCAAUAUUACAUUACAUUCGAAGAGCAUUAUACUUCCUCUGGCAGUGCUUGUACACUUUGAUUUAGCUCAAAGCUAAUUGCCUUAUUAUGCCAAGUGACUUUUUAUUCGAUCAAUUACCUCUAAAUACUAUUUCAAGAUAAUCACACUUUCAAUUCUCAGCAUACCAAUAAUGAAUCAUAUACAGAAGAGUUACAUAUUGUUUCUUAUUGUGUCCAACAAAAUAGUUACCAUCGAUAUUUGCCACAACGAAGCUGCUGCAUUAUAUGCUAUUUCUCUUUACGAAUCUAUAUGAACACGCAUUUCUCUUACACUAUUAAUUGAUUUAAGGUCGACGCAUCAAAGUUCGAUAAAUGUGUAAUUUAUUUGUGUUUACACUCGCGGCAUCGUAUCAAAAGACAAAAUAGCUGUUAUCAGACAAAAUAGUUGUCUUAAUCAAGAUUAGCUAAUAUGUUUACAUUUAUUCGUAUAAUGGUCGUGAUACACUGAACGAAGGAGAAACGAGAUAUCAGAGGAUUUCUGAAGACUAUGUGACACUAUUAUAUAUUAAAAGGGACUCAAUGGAAUUAUCAAUCAGGAAACAAGCGCUCAACAGUUUCUUUUUCUAAGAUGAAUUGUACUUCUAACACGAUAUGUAUGUACUAAAAAAUACUUUGCUCUUUAAUUUGAUGGAUUAUUAAGAAGAUAUAGUUGUACAAAAAAGUGCUUGACUAGAGUUGACUAGACUCUCAUUAAAAUAAGAGAUUAAUAUAAUAAAUACAAUUAACACAAUAAAUUAUAUACUAUUCGUCUAAUAAUUUUAAAACUAUGUAAGAUACUUAUAAAUGACCCAGGUACAGGGACGGAUUUUUUUUAAAUAACUCAAUCUGAGUUAAAAACCUAUUAAUUUCUGUAGUGAAAUGGAGUCUUAAUUGUGUGAAAAUACUCAAUUAAAACUUAAAAAUAGAUAAUUAUAUACCGACGUUAUUUGUUAAUUAAUACUAUUGAAUUUGUGAGUACGUUAUAAAUAAAACUUAUGUAAUUUAAAUAAUUUGUAAAUCCGUCCUCGUGCAAGAAUGAUACUACUGUUGUUAUAUAAUGAGCACAUUUCAGAGUGUGAGCUAAUUGGAAUAAUAUAAUGAAUAAUCUCGUUCCACGCA